GAGCAGUUUGAGACUCAACCCGAAUUCCUGUUCAGAUCCUCCUCGUUCCUCUCGAGUGUUUCUCUCGCUGCAUGAUUCGAGAGGAAAGGAAACACCGCCAACACAGUCACCUCCUUAAAACCACCCUGUGUAGAGGCCUGCAGCUAAAUGGCGGACGCAUGGUGGAAUCGUGCCUUUGUAACACACAUUCUGGUGGCCUUGUUUGGAAUGGGAUCAUGGAUAUCUGUGAACUCACUCUGGGUUGAACUGCCUGUGGUUGUGAACAUCUUGCCAGAAGGAUGGAAUCUGCCAGCCUAUCUCUCGGUGCUCAUUGCCUUUGGGAAUCUGGGACCGGUGGCCGUCACCUUAACCCACCACUUUGCUCCUGGACGUCUGAAUGAACGCGUGGUCAUUCCCAGCAUUCAAGUGCUGGCAGUGGUUGCUUCAGCCUUUCUUGCCAUCUUCUGGUCCCGGGUCACCACAGUUGCCGGGGAGUCAAGAUCUCUGCCGUUCCUGCUGCUGACGUUCGUGCUAUCAUUUGUAUGCUGCACCUCCAAUGUCACCUUUUUGCCCUUCAUGUACCGCUACCCCCCAGAGUACAUCCGCACGUUUUUUGUGGGCCAGGGGCUCAGUGCCCUCUUUCCCUGUGUCGUGGCGCUGGGGCAGGGCGUGGGGAAGCUGGAGUGCGUUGAGACAGAAAACGGCACGCAGGCUCACCGUCUCAAAGAGAACUUCCCUGCACAGGACUUCUUCUGGUUCCUGUUUGUCAUGCUGACGGUCUCGGCCCUCUCCUUCCUCGCUCUGAUGUACAGAGUUGUGGCACCUGCGGUAGCGAAGGACACUCAGGCCCCAGAGCAACAGCUGGAGAAAGAUCAAGAAGAAGAAAACCCAUUAAAAAACGGAGGGACGCCAUCGUCUGAGGAACAAGUGGACGUGGAAAAACAGACCCCUGCCGUGUCGUUCUGGACUUUGAACAACAUCUACCUGCUUUUGCUGCUUGGAAUCUCCAACGCUCUGACUAAUGGAGUGCUGCCAUCUGUGCAGAGCUUCUCUUGCCUGCCCUACGGCACCAUGGCCUUUCACCUCUCUGUUGUCUUGGGAAACAUUGCAAAUCCUCUGGCGUGCUUUGUGGCCAUGUUCGUUCUGCUAAGGUCUAGUGCUGGUCUUGGUAUUAUGUCUCUCGGAGGAUGUGUUUUUGCUGCCUAUCUCUUGGCUCUGGCUGGUCUCAGUCCCUGCCCACCCCUGCUGGGAAGUCAUGCGGGAGUGGUUGUUGUGGUGAUCUCCUGGAUCAUCUUCACGGGGUUGUUCUCCUAUCUGAAGGUGGUGGUGGGGACUUUGCUGCAUGAAGCAGGUCACACUGCUCUGCUGUGGUGUGGGGUCUUCAUCCAGGCGGGCUCUCUCGUUGGAGCACUUACGAUGUUCCCGCUGGUCAGUGUUUACCAUGUCUUUCAUCAGGCUAAGGACUGCGUCAACAACUGCAGCUAAGACUAGUGGGAGCGCUUCAUCACGUUCAUCUUGUGCCUUUUUAUGGUGGGUCGCGCUACACAGGGGAAGACGUCUGAAGGCUGGUUGGAACUUCUACACUUCGGAAUUAUGAAGAAGCAUUGCUUUUUGGAAAAUAAAUACAGUGUAAGCACUGUAGGAAUUUCUUUUACCAUAAAUAUAGCCUGCGUUAGGAUAUUUGCAGUGCCAGUUACCUGGUGCUGGGUGAGUUCCUAUCUUUUCUGAUCUGGGUGCCCAGAUUUGUGCCAGUAUGUACCAGCUGACAGCAGCACUUUGUAGAAGCAGUGCUGAUUUAUCCACAAUACAGUGCAGUUGAACCAAGUCAUGCAGACACCAAACUGACUAGUACUCAGGGGAAUAAAACUACACUCUUAAAGAUUGUUCUUCAAGGGUUCUCUGAUAAAGACAAUGGUUCUAUGUAGAACAUAGACAUCAACACACAAAUUUGCAUGCUUAAAGGGUUCUUAAAUGGUGAAAUGGAGGAUGUGUUGUAUAUGGUUCAAUAUAGCACCAAAAAGGCGAACUUGCAACUGUAGCAGAAACCUUUUUGGUGCUGUAUAGAACCAUUUUCCUAAAGGCUUUAUGUAGAAUCAGAUACAACAUAUUCUCCAUCAGUCUGAAGAACCAUUCAUGCAACGAACCCUUUAAGCAUGCAAAUGCUUGUAUGUGUGUUCAUAAAAGAACCCUUGAAGAUUUACAUGCUUAAAGGGUUCUUUGCAUGUGAACUGGCUCUUCAGAUUCAUGGGGAAUGUCAUGUAUAUGGUUCUGCAUAGCACCGAAAAAGAGUUUUCUAUUGUUACGGACUUGACAUUGUAACAAUAGCAGAACCCUUUUUGUUACCAUAUAGAACCCUUUUCGAAGAGGUUCCAUAUAGAACUACCAUCUACAACACACUGCAAUCUGCAGUCUGAAGAACCCAUUUGCGGUGCAAAAAGCCCUUUAAGCAUGUAAAUGGUUCUUUGAGUCUUCAUGGUUCUGUAUAGAACAGUUGUUUUUACUAAAGAACCCUUGAAGAACCAUCUUUUUUAAGAGUGUGCCCACAUCAGCAGACGUUCUGCCCUUUAACUUUUUUACCCACAGGACAAAGAGCAGGUCUUCUUGACAAAAGAUGGUGUUGAUUACACGUCUGCCAAGUAUGUUAAAGGGCUAUCCUGCAUUUUUUUUUCCAAUAUUUCUACGUAAUGUCGACAAAAUUCUGAACUUUUAUGAUGUAAAUCGUUCAUGAACAGUGAUUUGAUGUGAACUGUUCUAGAGAAACUAAGUCAGAAUUGUUCACAGUGGUGGUGAUAGGUAGCCCUGUCACAAUUAAUACAUAAUCAACUAAUCACAAUUAUUAGAGAAGAUCACAGUUGUUUAACCUGACUGCAGUCAUUUUCCACAGUCAUUAGAUUUCACUAUAAUAUUAAGCUGAAUGGGGUGCACUGAGGCAAAUUGAAAGCAGUAAAUGCCUUCGUUGAGACAUUAUGAGGGUUAUGAAAAUAAAUAAAUGUGCUUGGUGCAUAAACAUAUUUAAAGGGCAGUGCUGAGUAAUGUUUGUAGCUAAUUCUAACAUUUUUAGCAUGUAAGCUGGCAGAAUGAGUGUUUUUUGGCUUGUGGUUUCACUCUGGUGAAGAACAUGUUACUUUGCUCGACUCCACACACAAUUCUGUGUAACUGUAGACAUUUGUCUGAGUGUGUGCACAAUAGUAUUGAUUAACCAGCGUUAGCUACUAAGUAAACAUGCUAGCAAGCAAGCCAACCAGCCAGUUUGGCCACUUGAGAUCAUUUUUGUAGUUUAUAGUUGCAAUUGGCAAACAAGAAAAGACAAUUAAAUUGUUAAUCGCACUUAUUUAUGACAAUUAAUUUUCAGCUAAAAUGUAAUGAACUUUAAUGCCUCUUAAAGCUAUUAGAUUAUGAAUACACUGCCUGAUGCCCAAGACAUUUUUAGGAGAGUUUUGAGCAGGUUUUGACCUAAAACAACUGAGGAGGUGAGGUACAUGCAGGGCAAAGUAAUUCACAAAGAAAGUACUGUUUUACCAUCUUCCACAUUAUAUACAUCGUCAUUUCCAAAAAAGGUGGGACACUGUGCAAAAUAUAAAUAAAAAUCGAAUGCAACGAUAUGCAAAUCGUGUAAACCCUAUAUUUAACAAACACUUUGAAAUGUUGAAACUGAGAAAUGUUGUUUUUUGAGAAAUAUAUGCCCAUUUUGAAUUUGGUGCCUGCAACACGUUCCAAAAACGUUGUGACGGGGCCUGUU